AAAAUAUAAUAUAAUAAAAUGGUGAGUUUGAAGGGAUUCAUUGUGACAUUGUGGGUGGUGUAUCUAACCUCGAAGACCACCCUUGUCCUCCAUGCCGAUGCUGCCCGCACUGGCGCCGCUGCGCCGGCUGCCGCCGGCGGCAAUGUUUACUGCUCCACUAUUUCCGCCGUCCCUGACAGAGUCCGAUGCGAGAAAGUGACGAAAACCGCCACAAAUUGGAGCCAGGCAAUGACGAUGGCUUUAACGGACGCAUCCAAACACGCCGCACAUGUGGUCCAUGACAGUAAAACGGUGUCUUUGGGAGACACCGGCUGCUCUGAGACCUACACUAACAUCGAAGCCAGAUUGAAGGAAUGCUUGGAUUUAGUCAGCAAAGGGGACAAGGGUGAUGAAAUAAACUUCAAACUCUCUGCGUGUGUAACCGCUCUUGAAGAUUGUAAAAAUAGACUUCAAGAUGAUAGAGAUGACGAGACUCCGUUUUAUAUACUUAAUCGUCAUUUCAAUCACGCCCUCAAAAUUUGCUUGGUUGUUGAUAAAUCCAGAAAUGCGGAGUGAUUGAGUGAAAUUAAGAUAGUAUCAUAUAUAUCAUGAGAUAUUUGUUUAUAUUGGAAAAAAAAAAAAAGAGAUUAGGUGUAGGAUUUUUUUUUGAGUAAAGACAGGAGAUCCAUUUAUAUGUCAUCUAACUCUUGG